UGCUAAUAUCCAUUCCGGACUAUGAAAUCAAAUAGCUUAGAGGAAUCUGACUCCUCAAGCGUAGAAUUUGAAGACAAUCUUGAUAUUUCGCUCCUUCCCGAUAGGAAACACUACAGAAGGAAACGAAUCCGAGAUUCAAAGUUCGUGUGUAGACUUUGGCAAAUGUUCGGCGGGAAGAACGCCGCAUAUGGCGUUGCGACCGCUGUGUUGUUAGUUUCAGUGUUUCUCAUCGUUGCGUUCGCUCGUCCAUCGUCUUCAUACGAAACUGUAAUCAAGAACAGUAGAAAGAAUUCUCAUUAUGAACAGGCUAAAAAACCUUCUACUUUGGGACAUGGAAAAGAGGACAAAGGCUCGCAUUCUCUACGGCUUCCAAGACACCUAACGCCGAUCGAAUAUCUGCUUUAUUUACAUCCUAAUCUGACAAAGUUUAAUUUCUUCGGAAAGGUUGAUAUUCUUCUCCUCUGUCAUGAAACUUCUACUAACAUAACCCUUCAUGUUGGAACGAAAAUGGAUUACUCUGUUGAGGGGGUUGCAAGAGUUGAAGGCGAAAACAUUUUAGAAACCAUAACUGUGACGGAAACUUCUCGAUUGUCGGGAGAAAUGGUUGUCAUAAGUCUCGCCAGUGAACUUCAAAAAGGGAGUCAUUACUUUCUAGUGAUGAGGUUCAAGUCGAAGUUAAGUAGGGGACUUGCCGGAUUCUACCUAAGCAGAUAUAAUGCAUCUGACGGAACAAGAUAUCUUGCAACAACCCACUUUGAACCAACGGAUGCAAGAAAUGCCUUCCCUUGUUUUGAUGAACCUAACAUGAAAGCAAAGUUCACAAUUGUCAUCACACGAGAAAAGCGCCAUGUGGCUUUAGCAAACAUGCCACUUAAUUAUACUGAAGGGUGUAACAGUGAUGUUGAGCUCUGCACAGACCAUUUUCAGAAGAGUGUUGAUAUGAGCACAUACCUUGUGGCAUUUGUUGUCUGUGACUUCAAUAGCAUAACAAGUAAAACAAGCAAAGGUGUUCAGGUCAGCGUAUGGGCUCCACCAGAGCAGAUUGAUCAAGGUCAAUUUGCUUUGGAUGUUGCUGUAAAGGUUCUGGAGUAUUAUGAACAGAUAUUCAAGGUUGACUAUCCACUUCCGAAGCAAGACCUCAUUGCCAUUCCGGAUUUUUCCAUGGGAGCAAUGGAAAACUGGGGUCUUAUUACAUUUCGCUUGACUUCAAUCCUGUAUAACCCCAGCAAGUCAUCAGACAGCAACAGACAAUGGGUCACAGUGGUUGUUUCUCAUGAGUUGGCUCAUCAGUGGUUUGGUAAUUUGGUUACCAUGGAAUGGUGGAAUGACUUAUGGCUCAAUGAAGGAUUUGCUAGUUUUAUGGAGAAUGUUGGAGUGAGGCAUGUCCGCCCUGAAUGGAAAAUGAUGGACCAGUUUUUUUUGAGCAAAUUUCAAGUUGCAAUGGGUUUGGAUCAACUCAGUAAUUCUCAUCCCAUCAUGGCUGAAGUGAGAGACCCUGCUGAGAUUAGUUCUUUGUUUGAUUCAAUUUCAUAUGACAAGGGUGCUGCUAUUAUUAGGAUGUUGGAGGAUGUUCUCGGAAGCAAACUUUUCUUUCAAGGAUUACAGAACUACCUUAAUAAGUACAAGUUUAGUAAUGCAGAGACUAAUGACCUAUGGCAAUGCCUCACAGAUGAAGUCAAGGAAAGUGGUGUAAGCCUUGAUGUUACAGAAAUGAUGACAACUUGGACAAGUCAGAUGGGCUUUCCUGUUAUUGAUGUAACAGUUGAGAGAGAUGCCAAUGGCAACAUAAGACUCCAGUACCGACAGGAGCGCUUUCUUGUCCAUCCCGGUACUAGUUCCCCAUCAGACUCUGCUUAUCGUUGGGUAAUUCCUUUGACAUAUGUGACUCAGCAGAAUCCUUCCAAGAGACAUGUUGAAUUGUUAAAGCGCCAAGCUGAUAAUGUUUUGUUACGGGGCGUAUCUCCGAAUACUGUUGGUAAUUUUUGGAUCAAGAUGAAUGCUGGACAGAGUGGAUAUUACCGUGUGAACUAUGAUGAGGGAAACUGGAACAGCCUUAAGGAACAACUGAACUCCGACCAUACGCAAUUGAUUGGUGCUGAUCGCGCAGGCCUACUGGAUGACGCUCUUAACCUUGCUCGGGCCGGUAAUCUGAGUUAUAACCUGGCGUUAGAUCUCACUGCUUAUCUCAGUAAAGAACAGGAAUAUGUGCCAUGGAUAUCGGCGCUUAACGGCAUGGCUUAUUUCGCCUCACAGUUUUCAACGUACGAUAUGGAAAAAAAUACCCAGUACUAUCGCAUAUAUAAGCUUUACAUCUUGAUUCAGAUUCACAGAAUAGCUUCCGAGUUAGGUUGGAAAGAAACUGACCUGGAUCCGCAUUUGAAAAGAUACCUUCGCGCCACAAUUUUGCACCUCGCAAGUGAUUAUGAAGAUGUGUUUCCCGAUGAUCGACCGUAUACGAAGGAAGCCUUACGGCAGUUUGAUGGCUGGUUGAACCGCGGAGAAUCGAUCCGACCAAACUUGAGAAAUGUAGUUUAUUCCCUGGGUGUGAAGUAUGCAGAUAUAAAAACAUGGCAGAAGGUAUUCGAGCGUUUCCGAAAAGAGCAAGUCGCAACUGAAAAGAGAAAGUUGAUGUACGCGCUCACAAGCAGUCGGAACCCACAAAUUUUAAAGAGUUUUCUUCAAGAUUCUUUGGACCCGAAAAAGAUUCGUUCUCAGGACUCCGUAGCUGUUAUUAAUUCGAUAGCCCACAAUCCGGAAGGUCGCCUAUUGGCGUGGGAGUUUGUGCAGAAGAACUACGAUUUACUCUUCAAUAGAUAUGGCAAAGGUUCUUUCGAAUUCAGUCGUCUCAUCAAGGCUACCACAGCGCACUUCAACACGGAGACGAAGUUACGGGAAGUGAAGAAAUUUUUCAAGGAUAAAGAUACAGGCUCAGGCAAGUUGGCUCUACUUCAAAGUUUGGAAAGCAUAGAAGCUAAUGUCAAAUGGCUGAAUGCCCACCGUCUCACUGUUGUUGCCUGGCUUAAAAAUUUCGUCAGCUCCCAUGUUCACUCACCUGUCGAUAGCCCACAUCAUCAUGUACAUGUAACAAGCUUAGACGAGAGAUACAAAUAUGGACGGCCUUAAAUACUGAAUUCUGUUUCACUCGGUCAAGCUGGCUAAAUUUAGAUGGUAUAACUUUGUGGUAUGCUAAGAGUGCAUCACUAUAAUUGCCUUCUGUGGAUUUAAAACUUGAACCAGCCAAACCCUACCGUCGACUGACAAUGAAAGUUAGAUUUUCCUGACCUUAGGCUUAGUUUUAAAAAGUUGUUGAGGAAUUUCGCUGGACAGGAGUACAUUGAACUUCACACUUCGCACUCGACAGAGUUAUACCUUCUAAAUAAGCUGGACUGUACUUUAAUUCCUGGGCUACAGUAAAUCAUGCUGUGAACCACUGAAAUUCUUACAAUCUCGCUCGCAUCUCUCGGGUUGCCUUUCAGUUUCUGUUUACAAGGCCAUCUUUCACUCUAGAUCAUAAUUGUUGAUUUGCGUCAGUUUAAUUUUGUAAUUUUUCAAGAUCAUGAAUUUGGUGUAAAGGCCAGAUAAGAAUAAGUACAGUUUACUGAAACCCGAAAGGGAUCUAGUGUGAAUGUAAGAAUUACCAUGGUUUCCUCGGGAUUUUCUGUAGUGAAUUUAAUGUAUAACUCUCUUGAAAUCUUUAAAUGAAUUAACCUAAUUGGAAAGUGCAUGAUUGGAUUGUGAAAAUAAUAAUAAAAUAGUAGCUAAUGUGGCUUAACUUUUAUUUUUUAACUCAGUGUUGCUUGUAUGUUUUGGAUUUAGUUGUAGAUUUUCCUCUCCAUGUGGGAGGUUUCCAAUUGUUUAUUUUUUUAUUUGGUUGGGUGGAAUAAAAAGUUUGUAAGAGGAUCAGCGAAAUAUAUUACAUAUAUUAUUAUUUAUUCUUCAAUUCAUUCCUCGAAAGAAACUUCUGGGGAUUUAAGGCACUAAAAGUGAGCUUCAGUUGGUCUUAAAUGCUAUUUGGCGAACAUUUUUAGCUGGAGCGGCGACUCUAAAACUUUGAGACACUUGAUUGUUUUCAUUGGUUGUGGAGAUUUAAAAGCGAAAUAGUCCUAGCGAUAAGGUCUCGUGGGGAAGUCAACAUAGUCGCCUAUUUCCAAGCACAUUUUAAUGCGUGAAAAUUAUAAUGUAAUCGAAAAUUGCUCUUAAGUUUUGUCUUGAUUUUGGUUGUAAGGUGGGGAGUUCAAGUGGAAAUUAAUACGCAAGUUUGGUCCCUAUUUGUAAACAGUUUAACUGGCCUUAUCUUUGGACGUGUUGGAUUGUGGAACAAAUUGUCCCCUCAUUCAAAAAAAAUACAUGGCCCUUCCUUAGUAAUGGGAACUUCAAAGUAAAGCGUUUAUGAAUAACAAUUAAUACAGCACUGUCCAUUAUAAAUAAGGAACGAAGAAGAGAGGUAACCAUUUUGCAACACAGGCCAAGGCUAGAAUAAACUAACAAACCAGCUUUAUUAUCCUGAAGGAUACGAUGGUAUUUCAAAUCCUUUGGUUGUAUGACCAAGGAGACCUUGUCAGCUUUUCUUCUUGUUGAUGUUAGAUGAUGUAUUCCUUUACAGUAAAGUUGGGGGCUACUUUGACGAAUUGAAGUGUUCAGUAAGGAACACUUCAUCCUUGCUUUUGAUGUUUUUAAUUCAUGUGGGUUAAGUUGAACUUGUUGCACAAUGUUAUCAAAUAAAAGAUUUUUCCUCCUCUA